UAUAGAGUCAAUGUAAACAUAUGAAUAGACUAUGUAUGUUUAAAAAGUGUGUUGUUUGUUUGGCCAUGCGUUGUCUGACAGACUGACACAUACAUAAUAUGACCUGUCUCACUGUCUAACUAAAUAACCUCUGACCAGUAACCAUGACUGAUCGAGUAACCUCGACAGCACAUGAAAUUUUGUUUUGUUUUCACCUAAAUUAUAUCGUAAUUGUCAAAACUAUUCAUCCUCCUCAAAAUAGAAUAAAUAAAUAAAUAAAACUAUUCAUUAAAACUGUUGAAUUUAGGCUUUAGGGACCACAUACAAGAUACAACUAUUUUAUGUGAACCUUUUUAAUUAAUGAAUUACGUUAGUUGAUUAGUCAUGUCGACAAUUUUGGUCGUGGGUUAAUUAUGGAUGGGUGUAAAACUCUUCUAAACUCUAAAGACCACCAAAAAAAAAAAAAAAAAAAAAAAAAGACCCAAGCGGGGGCUGCUGACUCGACUUAAGAGGCAUAAGAGCAAUUAAAAUAAGACUUGGUUCAUUUAUUCCCUCCUUUUUCCUUAACUUCAUUUCUUGUUAAUCCCCUUAAAAAGGCAAAAACCCCAAAAAUCUUAAAAACAUGUCUUUGUCAAGUACAAGCUUCAUAGACUUACCUGAAGAAUGUCUUUCGCAAAUCCUUUCUUUGACGACGCCCACCGAUGUCAUCCGAUCAUCGGCGGUGUCAAAGCAGUUUUUAGCCGCCUCCGAAUCCGAUUUAGCUUGGGAGAAGUUUAUUCCCUUAAACUGUGAUCACUUCAUCGACGACCAAUCGUUCACACAGCUUGUACAUGGUCAACGACAACAACAAGAACAAAUUGUUUCAAAAAAGGAACUCUAUUUUCGCCUUUGCCGAUCUCCUAUACUCUUGAACAAUGAUUGCUCUAAGACUGGAAAGAAAUCCUACAGGCUUGGUGCAAGGGCUCUGAAUAUAGCUUGGGGAGGCACCCAUCAACACUGGAAAUAUGUACCGAGAUCAAGGUCCUUAGAGAUUGUUGAGCUCUAUACAGACUAUGAUGAAUGUCGUCUAGAAAUAAAAGGAAGAAUACACACCAAAUUCCUAUCGCCAGAUACAACAUACGCCGUGUAUUUUGUGUUCAAGACAGAUGCAGAUGACAAUCAUGCUUAUAGAUUUGAACAUAUACCAGUUAUGGUGUCUGUAUUUGCAAAUUCUGAAGGACUGGCAAAUAAUUACAACCAUCAUGGAGUUGUCUUUAACAAAUUCUAUCUGAAGGCGGCAUCAGGAGAUUCAGGACGAAGUUUGCGUAGAGAUCCUGAUGAGCUUCCAGAGGAAAGAGUUGAUGGAUGGAUGGAGAUCGAGAUGGGCAUAUUCCAUUUUGAUUCUAGUGCUAAGGCUGCGGCUGAACAGAUGGUAUUGGAGAUGACACUGAAUGAGGUUCAAGGCAUCGGUUGGAAGAGUGGUCUUAUUGUUCGAGGCAUUGAACUCUGGCCUUUAAUUGAUACAUGAGUAGAAUUUUACAAUUUAUGGGGGUUUGAUUCGUAAAAUGAUAUGGCAUACGGUUAGAAUCAGGAAUGAAAUCAUAAUGUUAUGGGUUUAGAACUUGAUUCUUGCUAUAUGUUUGGGUUGAUUCAAGAUGAAGUAUAAAGUAUUUUUUUUUCUUUUAUUUGAUACCUAAAAGUAUUGGUAUGAAUAAACCCACCUCCCCUUAUGCUUUGAUUGAGAUAGUAUUCUUAAAAUCAUAAACCAAUCACAAAGUAAUUCUAAACUCAUUUACAUAACUAGACUCCAUGAACCAAACACCCCCUAAGAAUAGAAUGUCGUUAACACUCUACUACUCUAGUAACAACAUUGUAAUAAAAAGAAAGGGUCCAAGCCGUUUUAAAAAUAGUACAAUUAAAAGAAUUUCCGAUAAGGCGAUAAUAUCGUUCCUUAAGCCCUUUAUUAUUUUGCCUACAAAAAGAUUGACCAAAUUGCAUUCCACAAUGUACUUCAAAGUUCAAACCAAUGGGCAUUCACAUUUUCAGGAAAAAAACCUCUUCUCAGGCCAUUGAUUAAUUUGUACUUCAUGAAAAGCUAAAAAUAGGUGUUAGCCUAUAAAAAGAAUAACAACUUAUACAUAAUAAACAAGAGGAUUUUUAUUUUCGAAUCUAAUUCCAAAGAUAAGUAAAUCAACCAGGAAAAUCUACAAGAAUUAUAUAAUAUACUUUCAUUUUUCAUAAUCAUGGGAGGAACAGAGGAGGAGAUUAAGCAGAAGCACCAAGACGGGGAGGGAAAAGAAUGUGAGAAAGUCGAAGAAAAAGUCGAAGAGAAAGUUAAAGAAAAGAAGAAGAAAGACAAGGAAAGCAAGGAAAAAGGUGAUAAUAAUCAAGAACACAGCAAAGAAAAGGGUGGUGGAAAAGAGAAGAAGAAAAAGAACCCUGAAGAUAAGAAGGAUCCAUCGAAACUUAAGCUCAAGCUCGAGAAAAUCGACACUAAGAUGCGCGAUCUGGCAGCUAAGAGAGAGGAGAUCCUGAAAUCCAUUGAAGAAGCUGAAAAGAAUGCAGUUGCUAACCCAAACAAGGAAGAUGAUCCUGAUCUCAAACAAGACUAAUAAAUUACAAACGAGUUACCCUCUAAAGCUGACAAUUUUUGAAAUUUAUACUGUAGUAUAUUCUCCCUCCCCUUUAGCUAUCAGAUAGUACUUGUAUAAUGUAUCUAUACUGCACAGAAAUUUUCAGUGACAUUUUAUGAUGAUAUUUAAUAAAAUUUCCGUUCCUCGAA